AUGGCAUUGGAUCUAUCUCUUCCCACCGCUCUCAUUCUGAUCGACAAUCAAUGGGGCUUCACCAACCCAUCCACGGUUUCCCACUGGGGAACAACACGCUCCAAUCCACAAUAUGAAGCCAACAUUGAAGCGCUACUAUCCGCUUUCCGAACUGCAAGAUCAUCAGCUUCGACAUUGAUGGAAGUGAUUCAUGUGUUCCACUCCUCCACUUCCCCAGGCUCACCUUUCCAUCCUUCCAACCCGGAGCAGGGAAUUCUCCCACUUGAAUUCGCCACCCCUGCUCCAGACGGAUCGGAGCCCGUGUUCUGGAAAACCGUCAACUCCGGAUUCAUCGGGACAGGGCUGGAAGGUCAUCUGCGACAAAAGGGCUUCCGACAGCUAAUUAUUGCCGGAUUGACGACCGAUCAUUGCGUCUCCACGACGACCCGCAUGGCAGCUAAUUUGGGGGUCGUAGAUCGGUAUCCCGAUGGCCCUGUGCGCUUGCGAUCGGAUGGAACUCAUGAAAAUCAGUUGGAUGUCGAGAAAGGCCGAAUUAUCUUGGUUGACGACGCGACCGCCACGUUCGGCAAGGCUGGGAUCGACUCGGAAACCAUUCACAGGGUGUCUGUGGCUAGUCUGGAUGGUGAAUUCGCUGAUGCGUUGAGUACAGCCGAUGUUGUGAAGGCGCUGAGGAGGUAG